AUUCAAGUACUAAGACUAAAACUAGUUCAUGAUGACCAGGGCUGUGUUUAGAGUUUUGGGGCCCUCUGGAUGAGGGGGACGCGGGGCCUAAUUCUACCAUAACUAAAUAAAAUAUAUACUGUAACUGUAUGCUAUAUAAUUUCCCCUUUACAAUCAGUGGAUAUUUAUAGGGGUAUUUCUAUGAUUGCAAAUUGUAUCUUCUGCAUUAUUUGGGCAGUUAUUUAUGUAUUAUAAAUAUGCAACUAUUUCAACUCUGCCCUAAAUAAAAGUGACGUCUGAUGAACUGCGUGCGUGUACACGAGUUACGCACGUUUGUAAAUCUGUGUUCAUGUUUACGUCUGUCGCGGAGCACACAGUUAAAAACAUUCCAGCAGUACGCAGUACAUACGUAACUUGCGUAUGUGUUUUCCAGUGCACACAAGCGCUCUCACUUUCACCUGAGCAGGCUGCAGACCAUACCUCUCGCUCGGGGUUUGCUGUGCUACCCUGCCGUCCUCCUGGAUAUCAUAACAGCCGCUGACAGUCCGCGUGUGGGCCUUCAUCGACACUCGUAGCAGACCUGCUGUGGGUGUGUGUGUGCAUGCAGCAUAAUGGAGCAGGCGAAACCCCGAACGGAGAGCCGCCUCCGCUCCAAACGUCAGCGUCCCGGGUGAGGAGGUUCGGGCAGGAGGGGCGGACGGUCCCUCCUCAGCCGACAGUGAUGGUGGUGUUUUCGGCUGCGAGUGACUCUGAGAAACCGGGAGAUGCGAUGUCGGGCGCGGACACCGGGGAAGAGGUGUAUCGCAAACCAGCCAUACCUGUCCCUAAUCUUCAUCUGGGGAAGCCCCUUCGCACUUUAGACGCACCUGAGGAGUUCCCCGAGGUUAUCCCCCUGAAUGUAGGAGGAACAUAUUUCACCACUCGGCUCUCCACCCUGCGACGUUAUGAGGACACAAUGCUGGCUGCCAUGUUUAGUGGCCGCCACCACAUUCCCAGGGAUGCAGAGGGACGAUAUUUCAUUGACCGAGACGGAGCAUAUUUUGGGGAUAUUCUGAAUUUCUUGCGAGAGGGUGAGCUGCCUCAGAGGGACCAUGUUCGUGCGGUGCACAGGGAAGCUCAGUAUUAUGCUAUUGGGCCUCUUUUGGAAAGCCUUGAAGACACGCAGCCACUUACCGGAGAGAAAGUGCGACAGGCUUUUCUUGAUCUUUUGCCCUAUUAUAAAGAAAAUCUUGAGCGCAUCGUGGAGAUUGCAAAACUUCGUGCCAUGCAGCGGAAGGCUCGUUUUGCAAAACUGAAGAUCUGUGUUUACAAGGAGGAGAUGCCUAUCACCCCUUAUGAAAGACCACUGUUCAAUUCGCUGAGAUUUGAGCGCUCAGAGAGUGAGGCCAAGCUGUUUGAGCACCAUUGUGAGGUUGAUGUGUCCUUCGGGCCCUGGGAGGCAGUGGCAGAUGUUUAUGACCUUCUUCACUGCAUAGUAGGUGACCUGGCAGAGCGGGGCAUCUCUGCUGACCAGCAAUGCAUCGGCGUGUGUGACAAACACCUCAUCAACCACUACUACUGCAAAAGGCCAAUCUAUGAGUUUAAAAUCACCUGGUGGUGAAGGUGAGGUGUUUUAGCUGAUGUCUCUUGCUAAGAACUGAGAUGUGCAAGUCUGAGCAAAUGAUGUUUGCCGCCGUCUACAGUUAUAUGAAACCAGCAGGAUCAUGGAGUCCUACUCGAAAUGAGUGGAAAUAAUGACAAGCUUUUGAAAAAGAUGGCUAUAAUUGUGGCAUUUGCCCUUUUGUUUCUUCAGGAAACUGCGGUUUGCAACUCAAAAUUUAUUUUAUGGGCAGCUCUAUUGAUUCCUUAGUUUUUGUAAGUAAUUGUUUAACUUAGUUAAUUUAGUAUAAACCUGGAAUAAUUUCGUCCAGUUGUAGUUCUAAAGGGAUUUUCUGGGAUCAUCCUCAGAGGAAUUUAACUUAUGUGAAAGUGUUUCCUGUUCUAAAUAUGACAUCACUUAAAUAUGUUUCCGUGUUAGAUGUAAUACAGUUUGAUCGAAGAAUUAAUCAACUGGACCCAUACUCGGAAAAUUAUGUGUCAUUACUUGUGAAGUAUUUCUUAAAAAGAACUUUUUCCCUACAGUAUUUUUAAAUACCCCAUUUGUUUUACAUGACUUAUAUACGUAGGACCUGAUCCAUGUCAAGUUUCCAGUAAUGAACACCCUAGAUCAUGCAUAUACUGACUUCAACAAGAAUACAAAUGUCUGGAAUUUACAGCCACUCAAAUCUUCACAUAAAGCCUUCUAAAAUAUUCAUAUAUCCCAUUAAAGUAUAAAAGUUUUGAUUCAUAUAAAAAAAUAAACGGUUCUCCAAGUU